AGCUUUGAGAUGAAAAGGCACGCUUUUGAGUGUGCCAGAGACAUACUCGUUCAGCGUGUCGUGGAUUUCUUGCACCGAAGAGGAAAACGCAUCUUCAAGGACAGGGACCCGGUCGUAGUGAUGAAUGAAUGGUGUGACCACUCCCCACAAGUUAUGAACAACUUUGAGCAAUUAACGGUUCUGCAAGUUAGGGAAGAAGAUAAACCGAUGACCAACUAUACUAUGAUCCUGUGCAUGACGGCGACCAAUUACGUCAUAGCGAGCCUACCAUCACAAGACGCCCCUUCGUCGUCUUGUAACAGCACAUCAGAGACUGCUACAUAACAUGACACAACCGUUAUGA